AUGAGCUCCCUUAAGCAAUUUAUUCGGAAUGUGCGUGCUGCAAAGACCAUUGCCGACGAACGAGCCGUUAUCCAGAAAGAAAGCGCCGCCAUUCGAGCAAGCUUUCGCGAAGAAAGCGCUGACCAUGGAAUUCGACGAAACAACGUUGCGAAACUGCUCUAUCUCUUCACGCUUGGCGAGCGAACACACUUCGGUCAGAUUGAAUGCAUCAAAUUGCUUGCAUCACCCCGCUUCGCCGAUAAGCGACUCGGACAUCUUGCGACUAGCUUACUGCUGGAUGAGAAUCAAGAGGUCUUGACCCUGGUUACCAAUUCUUUGAAGAACGAUCUUGGCCAUUCGAAUCAAUACAUCGUCGGUCUGGCGUUGUGCACGCUCGGGAAUAUUGCAUCUGUCGAAAUGUCAAGAGACUUGUUCCCCGAAAUCGAGAACUUACUAUCAACUUCGAACCCAUACAUCCGUCGCAAGGCUGCACUUUGUGCCAUGAGAAUAUGUCGAAAGGUUCCAGACCUACAAGAACACUUCUUGGAGAAGGCCACCCAGCUGCUCUCCGACAGAAACCAUGGCGUUCUUCUCUGUGGCUUGACAUUGGUAACUAGCCUUUGCGAAGCAGAUGAAGAAGAAGGCGGCGAAGAAGGCAUCGUUGAGAAAUUUCGCUCGUUCGUUCCUGGACUAGUCAAGAUCCUGAAGAGCCUGUCCACUUCAGGUUAUGCGCCGGAGCAUGAUGUCACAGGUAUUACAGACCCCUUCCUACAAGUAAAAAUUCUUCGCCUCCUGAGAAUACUCGCCAUGGUUGAUCCUGAAACCAGCGAACAUAUCAAUGAUAUUCUUGCGCAAGUGGCUACCAAUACGGACUCCUCCAAGAACGUCGGAAACUCCAUUCUUUAUGAAGCAGUGCGGACUAUUCUAGAUAUCGAUGCAGACUCAGGAUUGCGCGUUCUAGGCGUCAAUAUUCUAGGAAAAUUCUUGACAAACCGCGACAACAAUAUUCGUUACGUUGCUCUCAACACCUUGAUCAGGGUUGUCGCAAUCGAACCAAAUGCUGUUCAGAGACACAGAAACACGAUAUUGGAAUGCUUGAGAGAUCCGGAUAUCAGCAUCAGGCGGAGAGCAUUGGAGCUCAGUUUCACUCUCAUUAACGAGAGCAAUGUCCGUGUCCUGAUCCGCGAGCUCCUGGCUUUCUUAGAAGUCGCCGAUAACGAAUUCAAGCCCACCAUGACGAGCCAGAUUGGUAUCGCGGCAGACAAGUUUGCCCCAAACAAACGAUGGCACUUCGAUACCAUGCUGCGCGUUCUCUGCCUCGCUGGUAACUUUGUCAAAGAACAAAUUCUCUCUUCUUACGUCCGCCUUAUUGCAACGACCCCUGAACUGCAGACCUAUGCUGUGCAGAAAUUGUUCGUUAAUCUCAAGAAGGAUAUCACACAAGAGAGCCUGACGCAGGUUGGCGCAUGGUGCAUUGGAGAGUUUGCCGAUGCGCUACUCAAGGGUGGCCAGUACGAAGAGGAGGAGCUUGUCCAAGCAGUGAAGGAGAGCGAGGUAGUUGACCUCUUUGCCCUCAUCCUCAACAGCAGUUACGCCAAUCAAGUUUCUACGGAAUACAUUGUCACAGCACUCAUGAAGCUCACUACGCGUUUCUCGGAUCCAUCUUCGGUUGAGAGAGUGAGACGCAUUCUUCAGAACCAUCAAACGAGCUUGGAUGUUGAAGUACAGCAGCGGGCUGUCGAGUACAUCAAUCUGUUUGGCUUUGAACAAAUCCGCCGUGGCGUGCUAGAAAAGAUGCCGCCGCCGCAAAUCAAAGAAGAGUCGCGUGUCCUCGGUCCCGCCCCGACCAAGAAAGCCAAGGCUGCUGCUAACCGCAGAUCGAAAAUUGUCAAACCAACAGAGCAAGAUCUCCUUGAUAUCAUGGAUACCCCUUCUACAACAAUGGCCCCGUCCAAUGACCGGCAAGGCUCAAACUCCGAUCUGCUGGCAGACAUUCUUGGCAGCGGCCUCACUUCCGAUACAACCCGCGCUCAGGACCCAAACACUUCGUCCAUCAUGGAUUUAUUCGGCAGCGGAAUCGGGUCUUCAACACCAUCUGCGAUGCCAUCCUCUUCAGGAUUGGAUACGCUGUCUCUGUCAACUGUCUCCACUUCCCAGCAAGGGCCGUCAGGUAGCCAUGGCAUUGCCUGUUAUAACGCAAAUGACCUCAAUGUCACAUUCCAAGUUCAACGUAACGCAGAGGGCAUGAUCCAGGCGACUGCCAAGUUCCAGAAUACAUCUAGCUCCGCAGCCUUGUCGAAUGUUGGCCUCCAAGCUGCUGUGCCCAAAUCCCAGAAGCUUCAGCUUCUCAAUGUGUCUUCCACAACUCUAUCACCCGGCGCUGAGGCUACACAAAUGAUGCGUGUUUCAGGGUGCAAAGGAGUAAGCAUACAUUUCCUUCAAAAGUAUAUCAAGUACCAAUUUACUAACGAGGUCGUUCAGCCCCUUCGCCUUCGUCUUCGAAUCGGCUUUACACACCCAAAUGCAGGUCAAGUGAUGGAGCAGGUCAAUUGGACAGAAUCUUGA